AUCGCGCGACGUUUUUUCUCGCUGGACAUCGGACAAUGUAUACUCUAUACGUCUUGUUUGUACAGUCGUUUAAAAACCAAGAUGGUCGCUAGUUUUUGAGCUGUUAUAACUAAAUCUAAACAUUUUAAUCUUGUCAACAGUUUACACGGUAAAAUACAAUGCGGGUGGUAAAAAUCAAAAAUUUGAAUAAAUCUCAUUUGGAAAAGACUUUCAUCGUAAAAGGAAGAAUUAGAUAUCUCAAAGUAGAUAAUAAUAAAAAAUCGAGUGGAAAACAUUUAAAUUCUAUACUUUUUGAUGACAGUUCAGAGAUAGAAGUUGUAGCUUUCAAAGAUUGCGAUGAAAUAUUUAAAAAGUUAAAUACUGAUAAUGUUGUACAAAUUGAAAAUGCUAUGUUAAAAGAAGUUAAUAAAGAUUAUAAAAAAACCAAGCACAAGUAUAAAAUAAUAUUGAUAAGUAAUUCAAUAAUUACAACCAUAAAUAAUAAUGAGGUAAAUAACAAUGACUUUCCAAUUCACAAAUACACUUCAGCCGCAGUAUUAAAAACUCUAGAAACAGGAAUGAUAAUUGAUGUCUUUGGUGUCUGUAUCCAACUCAAUAGUGAGAAGACUAAUACUCAAUCUCAGACAUACAGAAAGGGAGUUAUCAGGGUUGAACUCACAGAAUUUGAAGUUAGGUUUUAUGGCGAAAAAGCUGAAAAACUGUAUGAUGUAGGUAGCGUAUUGACCUUGUCUUGUGUUACAUAUAUCAAUAUCAAAGGAUCUGAAUUUUUAUCUGUUGGGCAUUUAAGUAAUGUCAAAUGUACUUUGCAACAGCUAUUUAAUGUCCCAGUCUUGGAAAGUUUGGCGAUUGAAUCACCUGAUCAAAUACCUUCGACUUCGUAUUCAACUCCCUCCAUCAAAAGUUUGGCGAUUGAAUCACCUGUUCAAAUACCUUCAACUUCAUAUUCAACUCCCUCAAUAAAAAGAACAACUCAAGAUAUUAAUGUAGAAGAAAGUCCCUCAAAAAUUCUAAAAAUAGCUGAUCCUGAAGAGUCAUUUUCUGAUGAAAGAUUUUUUAAUACUGUGCAGAACCUCUUAAAAGAAGUCGACGACAAGAACAUAAAUGUGAUAAAAUUGCGCAUUUUAGAAUUUAUUUCAGAAAUACUUCGAAAAAAUAAGACAUGAUGCUUCUAAACAAUUUUAAAAAGAUUAUAAUAUCUAAUUUGCUAUCUAUCUAUAACAGUGUUUUACUCUGAGUAUAACAGUUGUAUUUAUUUUUCUGACUUAUCUUAGUAAAAAUGUUUUAAUAGCUAAUCAAUAAUUAUUUUAUUAUCAUAGUAAAAAUAUAAUCAUGAAAAUGUAUAAAGACAAUGUUUUUACUCACAAGAAUUUUGAAUAAAUGAGAAAGCUUGAAAUGCAUAUAAAAAAAU